AUGAGUUGGAGUUUCUUUAACAAAAAGAAGCUUGCACCAAAAUCAAGUGGCGACAGAGAGUUUGAGAGAGAAAUUGCGAAAUGCAGCGAACUCGAGACGAACACGAAAAAACUUUACAAGGGCAUGAAGCGUUGCAAUGAGGCUUUUGAAGAACUUUCGAAAAUGGAGUCAAAAUUGGCUCAAGAUAUUUCUACUAUGCCUUAUAAUGAUGAAAUAAAUGGACUAAAUCAUGCCGAAGAAUUAGUGAAAACUUUAAAAAGUCUUGAAUCACAUCGUGUUGAAUUGGCAGCAAACGUAGUGAAAACAACCAUUGAACCUAUGAAAAAAUUUUAUGGCAUACUUCCAAGCGUUAACAGUGGUGUAAAGAAACGCGAACAGUGUUUACAAGAAUAUACGAGAUUAAGGGGAAAAGUAGAGAAAUAUAAAGAUAAGGAAAAGACUCCACAAAAUUUGAAUAAACUUGAACAAUAUGAGAAGGAACUUGAGACAGCCAGGAAUGAUUAUGAGGCUCAAAAUGCUUUGAUGUUGGAAGGGUUACCUCAGUUGUGGGAAGGUAGGGUCACAUACUUCGAACCAUGUUUUGAAGCAUUGCAAAGGUCUCAAGUUGAUUACUACAGUAAGUGCUGCCAAGCAUAUGGUGAUCUGGUCGAGAAACUUGAUAGUGAUAAUGUUGGUGAUGAAGAAGGUGCUCAUCUUGAUGUACAAGACAUGCUCACUGAUAUAAGGUCACUGUCAAUUAUUGAAAAUGCAUGA